GGCGGCGGAGCCGCGGCCGAAGAGCCCGAAGCCGCCGUGGUUAACGUCGUGUUCGUGGACCGGGAGGGGCGGGAGGUGCCGGUGCGAGGCAGAACCGGGGACAACGUGCUGCACCUGGCGCAGCGGAACGGGCUGGAGCUGGAGGGUGCCUGCGAGGCCUCCCUGGCCUGUUCCACCUGCCACGUUUACAUCAGCGAGCCUCACCUGAGCCGGCUCCCGGCGCCUGACGAGCGGGAGGAGGAUCUGCUGGACCAGGCGCCGCUGCUGCGGGAGAAUUCUCGCCUGGGCUGUCAGCUCAGCCUGAGCCCGGCCAUGGAGGGAGCGCGCAUCGAGCUGCCCCGGCUCACACGCAACUUCUACGUGGAUGGGCACGUGCCAAAACCUCAUUGAUGAGCCCCAAAAAACCCCGAAAAUACCCAAAAACACCCCAGAAACACCCCAAAAGCACCCCAAAAACCUCAUUGAUGCGC